AUAUAAUGUUUUCAAUGGCGAUAUUCUAUUACUUAUUACUGAGUUUCUACUCCUACCAAAAUUAAAAUUUUCAAAUAAAUAAGUUUUUUCAUAUAAUGCGUGUCAUUUUAUUAAUUUAUUAUAUGUGUUUUCAGCUUCCAACUUUAACACCAAACUUACCAAGUCACGUGACCUCACACGUUGUUUAUAAACGGCAUAACGGAAUUUACGGAAUAGUCGCAGAACUUCUGUCUUGACAUGUAAAGAUGGCAGAGGCGGCAUUUUCCGAAGACGGAAAAUAUUAUUCAGCCAUCAGCCAAGAUGGUAGACUAAGGAUAUGGGACACAGAAACUAAUGUACUCAAACAGGAGUACACGCCAGACCUUCAUUUAACGGCCCCGCCAUCAUGCUUGCAAUGGAUAACUAUUGCGACGUCCAAGAGUCCUGUGAAGAAAGACAAGUGGAAAUCAAGUGUUACAGAGCACAGGCAGGAGGAGGUACAAUGUAUAGCCGUAGGAACGACUAGCGGGAAGAUUUUAAUAUAUUCAGUAGCACAAGCAAAAGUGCAAACAGUUUUGGAAGUGCAACUUGGGAAGGCCCAAGAGCAGAAAAUAACUUCCUUGGACUGGAACAGAAGAGAUGGUUUAUUUAGUUGUAAUAAGAGUAACUACAUUUGUGAGUGGAAGUUGGGCAAGGGCCAGAAUAACAAUUAUCAUGUGAACAUGGAUAAUAGGAAUAAACCAGUCAGCACUAUCAGUGCCAUCAAACUUAUACCUCAUAGUCAGGAUACCAGUGCUAAGUACAUAAUAACAGCAUCAUGGCAGCUUCGACUGUGGAGGCUCCAUGAUGGACAGGCCACAACAAUAAAGUGCCUCGGACACAAUGCCUCCAAACAGUCCCUGUUGGCCAUCGUUGCUACUAGUGAGAAGACGUGGGUCAUUGAGGGAUCACAAUCUGAACGCCUCCUCGCGUUUUGGGACGUGACGGUGACCUCGGACGUGGCGCCACAGACGAAUGGCACAGACGAAGACAUCACGCCUAAUAAGAAGAAGAAGAGGAAAUCUAUAUCAUACUCUGAGAAAGAAAUCAAGACGGAGAACAUUCCCACAUACAACUUCGUAUUGGAGGACGCCCCCAGGAUGAUCGAUGUGGAGGUGAAAGAGAAGAGCGACGUAAAGUUGACCCUGGCGGCCGUAACGAGGAGUGGAGUGGUUCAUUAUUACUCGCACACAUUAAAUGGGGCAUCAACGAAGCCAAUCAAGCCUAACUUAACGGUGCACAUAACGACGGGCGAGGCCACGCCGCUCCCCCUGCAAUGUUCCCGCCUGUUGCCUUCCAGCUUACAAGUAGGAUAUAUGCAGGGGCCUACACUCAUCUUUGAAAAAAUCACCCCAGACCUCUCCUCAAAGACCCAAGUCCUAAUCAGAGGCGAAACCAAGAAGACGAAGAUCAAAGGCAGCACUCCGAAUGAGAUCAACAAAGUGGCCACCACCAGCACCAAGGAUGCGCAGUACCUGGAGCCCAUGGGAGGGGUUACCAGAAAGCGACUCGCUCCGGGCGGCAAGGUGGAGGUACCGAUGGAGCGCCGGCUCGCCAACCUGGCGCUGGACACGGCGGCCAGGGACAGGAGCGCCGUCAACCAGAACCUCACCAGGCUGCUGAUGCAGGGCCUGCAGUCUAAAGACACCAAUAUCCUGGAGAUGGUGCUCCACGACUCGGGCCGCGCGGCGGCGGCGCGCACGGCGGCGCAGCUGCCCGCGGAGUUCGUGCCUCCCCUGCUGGACCACCUGGCCGUGCUCGCCACCAAACACACCGCCACCUGCGCCACAGUGUGCGUGUGGGUGUCGGGCGUGCUGCGCGCGCACGCGGCGCUGCUGCUGGCCACCAUGCCCGCGCACAGCGCCGAGCGGCUCGCCAGCCUGCUCGCCGCAUUCACCAAUAGACGCGCGCACCUGUGCCAGCUCCUCAACGUGUCAGGAAGGCUCCAGCUCACGCUCGCACAGCGGGCAGAGAAACAAACAGCGCCCGCUGAAGAACCCGUCAUCGACUAUAACGAUACUUCGGACGAAGAAAUGGAAGUAGAGCGGCAAUCGGCGAGCGACGCUUCCUGGGACGAGCAGGACUUUGACGAUGACGACAGCGAGGAGGAGCGCCCGCGGCGCCGGCGCGGGGCCCCGCGCGGGGGAGGGGGGGACAGCGACCACAGCGGGGGGGAGUGACAAUAUAUGCUAUGUUAAUUGUUA